UUACACAAGAGCUAAAAAACAUUCAGGUUGAGCAGAUGACAAAACUUCAGGCCAAGCAUCAGGCAGAAUGUGAGCUACUUGAAGAUAUCAGAGCAUUCAGUCAGAAAAGAGCUGCAAUAGAGAAAGAAUAUGCACAGAGCAUUCAGAAGCUGGCUAGCCAAUACUUAAAGAAGGACUGGCUUGGAAUAAAAGCUGAUGAACGAAGUGAUUAUAGGAGCAUGUACUCAGUCUGGAAAUCACUUUUAGAAGGCACGAUGCAAGUGGCCCAAUCCCGACUCAAUAUCUGUGAGAACUAUAAAAACUUAAUUUCUGAACCAGCCAGGACUGUACGGUGCUUUAAGGAACAGCAGUUGAAGAAGUGCGUGGACCAUUUGACAAGGAUCCAAGCUGAAUUACAAGAGACAGUAAAAGAUUUAGCUAAAGGCAAAAAGAAAUAUUUUGAGACUGAACAGAUGGCUCAAGCAGUUCGGGAGAAAGCUGAUAUUGAGGCCAAGUCCAAACUUAGUCUUUUUCAGUCAAGGAUAAGCUUGCAGAAGGCAAGUGUAAAGUUAAAAGCACGACGAUCCGAGUGUAAUUCCAAGGCUAUCCAUGCAAGGAAUGAUUAUCUUCUCACUUUAGCAGCUGCUAAUGCACACCAAGAUCGCUAUUAUCAGACAGACUUAGUAAACAUUAUGAAGUUGAUCUUAACUGUACAAAACACAUUCCAGUUUUUACUGGAGACUUCCAGCAGGGUGGUGCGGGAUUACAAUCUACAGCUGUUUUUACAGGAGAACUCUGUGUUUCACAAACCGCAGCCUUUCCAGUUCCAACCAAGCGACAGCGACACUAGUCGACAACUGGAAUCAGAAACUGGAACGACUGAAGAGCACAGCCUCAACAAGGAGGCUCGGAAAUGGGCUACUCGGGUAGCCCGUGAACACAAAAACAUCAUCCACAGCCAACGGACACUUGAAGAGCUAGAAUGCCACGGGCCUGUGAUGUCUGAGCAAACCCGAGCAGAACUGGAGCAGAAAAUAGAUGAAGCAAGAGAGAGUAUUCGCAAGGCUGAGAUAAUUAAGCUGAAAGCAGAAGCCCGUCUUGAUCUGCUGAAGCAGAUCGGUGUGUCUGUGGAUACGUGGCUAAAAAGCGCGAUGAACCAAGUGAUGGAAGAACUGGAAAACGAACGCUGGGCCAGCCUGCCUUCGGUGACCAACAACGGCUCUUCACAUCUGAUUAACGCUGAUGCAGAAAAGGAAGAAGGUGAAGAGUUUGAAGACAGCAUGGAUGUUUUUGAUGACAGUAGUUCUAGUCCUUCUGGUACUCUAAGGAAUUAUCCUCUCACCUGCAAAGUUGUUUAUUCAUAUAAGGCUUCUCAGCCAGAUGAAUUGACCAUAGAGGAGCAUGAGGUAUUGGAGGUCAUUGAAGACGGAGAUAUGGAAGACUGGGUAAAGGCACGGAAUAAAGCGGGUCAAGUGGGCUAUGUGCCAGAGAAGUACCUGCAGUUCCCGACGUCCAGCAGUCUGCUGAGUAUGCUACAGUCCCUUGCGGCACUGGAUAGUCGAUCACACACCUCAAAUAACUCCACUGAGGCCGACUUAGUCUCAGGCAGCCUGAACGGAGACUCCAGUGUCUGUUUUGUAAAAGCACUUUAUGAUUACGAGGGCCAGACAGAUGAUGAGCUGUCCUUCCCGGAAGGAGCGAUCAUCCGUAUCUUGAACAAGGAAAAUCAAGAUGAUGAUGGCUUUUGGGAAGGAGAAUUCAACGGACGCGUUGGGGUGUUCCCAUCAGUAUUAGUUGAAGAGCUUACAGCUUCAGAAAAUGGAGAGACUCAGUGGAUUGGAGAUAUUCAGGUAUCCCCGACUCCGAAGCCUAAUAAUGCCCUCCCGCCGCUGCCACUGUACGACCAGCCUCCCACUAGCCCUUACCACAGUCCGGAUAAAAGAGGUUCUCAGUACUUCCCCAGAUCACCGUCAACUAACGAAAACAGCUUCAGUUCAGAGUCCCCCGGAUUCUCACAGCCUCCGCGAAUCCCUCCCGAAACGUCGUAUGGCAAACUGCGACCCGUGCGAGCAGCUCCACCACCCCCUACGCAGCAUCAUCGCCGGACAACAGAGAAGAUAGAGGACGUGGAAAUUACUCUGGUGUAAUGAUCGGACUAGUUAAGUAGUAGUGCUACAAUCAAGACCGAACGCGGUAUUUGGUCGAUCUCGUUUUUAGGCACCUUUGCAUGAUGAAGACUUUUAAUAGAGCAAGAGAUAGGGAGGAUUUUAUGUGGCAGUGACAUGGUGGAUUCCUUCCUUCCCACAGUCAUGACUAUUUCGUGCCUUUUUUUUUUGUUUUGAUUUCUAUACGUCGUUCUUCCUCUCUUAGCACAAACCAAGACGGGCCAAACAGCGAGCAGAGGAUUGCCUUGGAGCAGGUUUCUCUCUUGGCUGA